GCCCUCAACUCUUUCACUCUGUGCUGGUGCGUCAACCUAAAAAGCCAACAUGGCCCUCCUCAGUAACAGCAGAAGUGCAGGUCCGUCCGCUAAUAUUCUGCUCGGAACUGUUGUUCUCAUCGUCGUUGCGGUUGCUUCAUCCGAGAACACAAACACGGUGGAAUUCAACGUAAAACCCGGGGGAGUUGUUCACACUUUCUCCCAGAAUAUUAAAAAUCACAAAUGCUCCUUCACAUAUGCAUCUCAAGGAGGGACCAAUGAGCAAUGGCAAAUGAGCGUGGGCCUCAGUGAUGACGACAAGCUUCUGUCUUGCUCUGUGUGGAGGCCGCAAGGCAAGUCCUACUUGUUUUUCACUCAGUUCAAGGCAGAGAUCACAGGAUCAAAAAUGGAAUUCGUAGGUGCUUAUUCCCAGUCUGCUGUGGGAGGACAAAAGGAUGUGCCUUUGAAGGAGGAAGAGUACAUCGUUGGGGAAACCUCAGUGACCCAUAGAGAGGGCAAGUUCCAGGCUCAGCUCUCAAAGCUGACCAUGAUCGCCCGGACCAAACACGACGAGCUGUGAUUGCACGGAUGCAGACGAUCAACUGAAUGUGCUUCAGUGAGAUGAAGGAAGAAAGAAAGAAAUUACCGUCGCCCUGCAGAAACCUCUGUGACAAAAGAGGGGAUGGAACUGUAAAUGCGAAAGAAAGAAGAGAUUGCUCACUGUAACAGUUGAAGUGAAGUGCAACUGUUCUGUACAGUACCGUAUAGUACAGCUUAGGGUUUGUUUUUCUAAUGAAGAAUCCCAAAGGAUGGGU